AGGAGCGGCGGGGCUCCCCAGCUGGCCGCUGCCCUUCGCUCCAAGUGUCUCUCUCCAGGCUGACACCCGGUGCCGGUGACGGCCACAGGUCACGGCCGCCGGCGAAGCUGAGCCGCAGCGCUUGCAGCACCCCUGGGUGCCUCGGGAGCAGUCGCGCCGGGUCCAUGGAGACGGGCCCGCUGCCGGCGGAGAAGCCGAGGGGACCCCGGUGCACCAAUGGGUUCCCCGAGCGGGAGCUGUCGCGGCCCGGGGCCAGCCGGCCUGCCGAGAAGUCCCAGCCACCCGAGGCCAAGGGCGCACAGCCCGCCGACGCCUGGAAGGCAGGGCGGCCCCGCAGCGAGGAGGAUAACGAGCUGAACCUCCCUAACCUGGCGGCCGCCUACUCGUCCAUCCUGCGCUCUCUGGGCGAGGACCCCCAGCGGCAGGGGCUGCUCAAGACGCCCUGGAGGGCGGCCACCGCCAUGCAGUUCUUCACCAAGGGAUACCAGGAGACCAUCUCAGAUGUCCUGAAUGAUGCCAUAUUUGAUGAGGACCAUGAUGAGAUGGUGAUCGUGAAGGACAUAGAUAUGUUUUCCAUGUGCGAGCAUCACCUCGUUCCAUUUGUGGGAAGGGUACACAUUGGCUAUCUUCCUAACAAGCAGGUCCUUGGCCUCAGCAAACUUGCCAGGAUUGUAGAAAUCUAUAGUAGAAGACUACAAGUUCAAGAACGCCUCACCAAACAAAUUGCGGUGGCCAUCACAGAAGCCUUGCAGCCUGCCGGCGUUGGGGUAGUUAUUGAAGCAACACACAUGUGUAUGGUAAUGCGAGGGGUGCAGAAAAUGAACAGCAAGACUGUCACCAGCACCAUGCUGGGCGUGUUUCGGGAAGACCCCAAGACCCGCGAAGAGUUUCUCACGCUCAUCAGGAGCUGAACUUCGGUGUGUGCACAUGGCCCGGCGUGCAGACCCCACUGCUACCGGCAUUGCCUGUCUCAGUCAUGCAUUCCAGCUUCAAUUGGUACAGAUUGAAUUUUGUUUCUCACCAUGAAUUGUAUUUAAUAAUUAUUUAUAUAUAUGUCAAAUAGAGAAAUUAACUGAGGGGUGAGCCUUCUGCUUUCUUUUUGCCACCUUCUUAGUGGCAAUGUUUAGGGUGAAUUGCCAAGAGUAUAUGUUCACCACACCAACCACUGCCAUGCAGAUUCCCCAGGAUGCUGCCAAGAGUAUAUGUUCACCACACCAACCACUGCCAUGCAGAUUCCCCAGGAUGCUGCCCAAAGUAUAGGUUCACCACACCAACCACUGCCAUGCAGAUUCCCCAGGAUGCUGCCAAGAGUAUAGGUUCACCGCACCAACCACUGCCAUGCAGAUUCCCCAGGAUGCUGCCAAGAGUAUAGGUUCACUGCACCAACCACUGCCAUGCAGAUUUCCCAGGAUGCUGCCCAAAGUAUAGGUUCACCACACCAACCACUGCCAUGCAGAUUCCCCAGGAUGCUGCCAAAAGUAUAGGUUCACCACACCAACCACUGCCAUGCAGAUUCCCCAGGAUGCUGCCCAAAGUAUAGGUUCACCGCACCAACCACUGCCAUGCAGAUUCCCCAGGAUGCUGCCAAAAGUAUAGGUUCACCGCACCAACCACUGCCAUGCAGAUUCCCCAGGAUGCUGCCCAAAGUAUAGGUUCACCACACCAACCACUGCCAUGCAGAUUCCCCAGGAUGCUGCCAAGGAGGAGAACUCAUGCAUUUGGUUAAAAUCAUAAUUGACUCAUUAGCAGAGGGCACCGGACAUCCCAGGAGCUGUGGCCACUGUGCCGGGGUGCCCACCUCCGGUGGGCAUGGUAGAAUGCUGAAGGAAGUGCUGGAGACAUUGGAUGUACAGAGAGAGACCGUGGACUGCACUCUGCUUUCCUUGUGCUUGUGAAAGUUUUUACUCUUGGGACAGUCAUUGGCUGUCUACCUGUAACAGCAGCUUCUGAGGGAGGGCGGUGGGGUGUCUGGCUUUAGCUUUGCUGUGAGUUAAGAAUGCACUUCCUGUAUUUUAGACUUGAGUGGAGGGAAUUCGUUCUUGGAUUGAGUCCAUUCCAUGGCGGCAUGCGUGGAUGUUGAGGGUUGACUCUGUGCCUUGAUGAGAAUAUCACGCCAUUUGGAGUGGAGGGACCUUUCACGUUUUAGGAAAAGCCAUUACUUCAUAAGUUAAGUGCCAGCCCUGCAGGUGACUAGCCAUUGCGAUUUCCCGGGACGAGUUCUGGGAGUUCGUUUUGUCUGUUCCAAGGAGAGGCUUCAAAGCAUUUUCAAAAACUCUCACGAAGUAUUUUUUCUAAGUAUUUCCUGCACCCUUUGAAACUGCCUAUCCUGUCAGCUCUGCAAACUCCUAGCUCCUCUGAACUGGAAGGAACAUAGAAGGAGCUGAGGGAGGCCUGCCUGGGGGCUGUGCCCACUGCAUGGGCCAAGUCAUGCUUGCUGCUGCUGCUGGUGUCUGUGCAGGUGCACUGGGGACUUUGGUCUAGUUUCUUCCUUGUCAGUGUGUGUCUUGUCUUCAGUACAAGUACGUUCAGGUGGUGCCGCUGUUCAGGAAGCUUGGCUUGUUACCAGUUACUUUCAGUUUCCUGCACUGGGGCAGUGUGGGCCAAAGGAAAGCACAGCAUCUAGCUCCCCUGCACACACACGGACAUAGCUCGUCCACAACGUGUUGUAAUGAGGAGCGGUGGGCCGCUUCCUGCCGCUUGGCUCCCAGCCGCCUGGUAAGCUUAUACCUCGAAAUAACAACACACAAAUUGUAUUCAUUUAAAUACUGCCUGGCCCAUUAUAUCUAGCCUCUUAUUGGCUAACUCUCACAUCUUCAUUAACCCAUUUCCAUUAAAUCUGUGUAGCACCACGAGGCUGUGGCUUACUGAGAAAGAUCCUAACCUAUGUCCGUUUCAGGCUGGAGAUUAAUGGUGUCUGCCUGACUCUGCUUUCUUUUUUCCUCCCAGAAUUCUGUUCUGUCGACUCCACUUAUCUAAAUUUUGCUCUAUCAAAAAGCCAUGGCAGUUUCUUUAUUAACCAAUGAAAGUAACACAUAGACAGAUGACCCUCCUACACCAACAACGAGGUCUCCCACUGGCUGACAGUGCUCUCAGGGUCUCCCUCUGGUCCUGCCACUGCCACUUAGACACUCAUCAGCUUAUGGUGAAGCAAUGAUGGAGCUGGCUUUUAAUUUUAUUAAUUUUUUUAUCUCUACCUCUCCCUGGCACUUUCCGUGGUUAGUUUCUAAAGUAUAGUCAGGUUAUGUUGAGUUCCUUUUAAAAUCUGACCUGAUAACAAUGUUGUUAUCCCAGUUACUAUUUAGAUAGUUCUAGGUAAAAUGCUAAGUACUCUUGCUUGGUAUUUUAAAGUAAAAACCGUGUGACUUGGCUUAGAGGACCAAAGAAAUUGUUCGCUAUUCCUUCAUCUUUUGGGGGUGUUUAUAUCCCUUCUGAAUGGCUCUGUUUGCUCGUUCCCUAGAAACUCUUAAAAGCAUGACGUGUCCACAGGCUAGUCUCAUCAGUAGCUGCGAAGUGACCACCUUGUCUGUUUCACUCUGGUCUGUAGUGCUUCAAAGUUACCUUUUCACACCAUGAGACUGAGUCCAUUUGGGAGAUUUUUAAGAAUUUGAUGUAUUUACAUAUACUGUUCAAUUACAUGGUUUGGAUUUUCUGUAUGUGUAUGUAUGUCCCUGAAGUUGGUUCUAUUUAAAUGAUUAAAGUGUUAUAAUUUUGUUCCUGUGAA